GUCUUGGUCACCCUCUCUCACCAUCAUUGGUAUACUCUCGCAGAGUUCUUUUUGCGAUGUCACUUUCAUAUCUCCCCCUAUUCAACAUCUUUCCUACCUUAAGCUUGGGAUUAGUGAAAGAACCGACAAUGUUUUUACGGACAACUGUACAGUUUCAACCGUUUCAAUACGCGCCCCCGCAGGUCGUCAGUAAUGACAUAGUCUGCGCCCCAACCUAUCAAUCAACGGUCGCGAACGUAGACGAUGCUACGCUUAAUGAUGAAAUGUCAGUGGUUUCAAGGAAUUUGAUAAAUACUCCAUGCCCGCCUGAGGACCUGGUGAUUAUUGAAAGGACCAGGCAAGUCCCCGGAGGCAGGGACGUUGCUUAUUUAAAAAGUAUUGGAUUGAAGUUGGAUAAUGCGCAAGGGGCAAACGCAGCUCAUCAGCCGCAACGGUCUUCUGUUGCAGACACCAAUGCCUUGUUUUUCGCCCCUGGCAAUCACGCCCAAUCUUCCUUUCCAGUUUCUCUGGCCAGAAAUCCCAGUGAAGCAAGCGAGGCUACCGCCAACAACCCAGUAAAUCCUCUUCCAGCUUCUCCUCCGUGGCCUCCUCUAGAAUCACCUGACAGGUCAUCGGCAUCCAUCCCUGAUGACUGGGAGCUUACCCAUUCAAAAAGAGUAGAUGAUAUGAUGAAAAAGCUCUACCAGAGGAGUAAUCGGAGUCUUCCACAAUUCCCUCCCCAUUUGGAGGCUUUCACAUGUAUAUCGCCGCUCUCUUCCCUCUCACCUUCUUCCAACCAUUCAAACUUCACCCCUACCCCACUCAUACCUUCGACUGUGCCUAGCAACCCACAAACAGCCUCAUCCCAAAGUUUACCGUUGCCGAGCGUCUUUCUCUCCCCUACUUGGUCCACUAUAACGACUCGAGACAAUUCGCAAGGACUACGCGAAACUCGCUCUGCUCCCAACCUUCCUGCUAUAUCCUCUAUGCGAGUCUCUACACCAUCGUCAAAAACCAAUUUUAACACUACGGCAAGGGCAGGUGAGCCAGCAGAGCUGGUAUCUGAGAAAGGACAGGAUACAAUGUCCGACGUUAGGAGUAGACGUGGCGAUGACUCAAUGACUUUGCGGCGACUUGCUGAUGUAAUCGAAUCUGCACAGCGAUACGUCAAACAGCACGAACAGAAGAAGCCGCUUCACUUCCUUUCCGUUCGAACUGUUCCCCAAAUUGCAGUACAAAAACCUGCUCCUUCUGACUCGUCACGACAGCCGAGGGACUUCCAGACAAACCAACGAUUCCACUUUGGUACACCAUCAAUCCCAAUCCCGACUUUUCACUCAUCAACCUUCAAUCCACAAAAAUUGCCGUCCUCAGGCCCUUUUCGUGUAUCCAAAUCAUCGAGCGAUGUUGCCCGUCUCAACUCUUCUCCAUACGUCGCUUCUACUCGAAGUCGCCCUUGGUCCCCACCCAACUCUCCUCCUUCCAACCAAAACUUAAAGUUAGAUAUGACCAGUCCGACUCGGCUUCGGACGGGCAAGUCAACUUCGAGUUUCAUCCGGUCCGGACCUAUCGUACACGAGCCGCCAGGGACGGGAAGAAGUGAAUAUCAAUCCCCUUUGAAGCUUCGAACUCCCAUCAUACCGCGACAGACACCUGAUUGGGCACCGGAACCGUUUCUCCGGUUGCGCCAUACCCCAUCCAACCUGCCGCUUUCCCAUGCCAGCUUUGCGAAUUCUCAUCGAACACCGCCUAUCAUACUCGAGCCACCAUAUCUCACUGGGACCAACCAAGCUUUUCCUUCCACGUUUAUGCCACAGCAUACGAUUAAGCCUACUUCUAUCCCCACCACGACUUCUUCUUCUACCACUGUUAUCAUUAAGGUACCCUCUGACAAUCUUACAGCAGCCGAUGCACCUAGAGCUAACGACGCCCUACAAUCUCCGGUCAUCCUCCGAAAAACAUCACCGGUAGAACCGAAAACAUCGCGUACAAGCCUAUCCACAGCCGCCGUUCAGAAAAGUAGGAACCCUAUCAGGAAAAAGGUUAGCACGGCAUUCAAUAAAGCGAAAAGCCAUUAUUCGAAGCUCCUCAAGAAACCGUAAUAGCUGUUCAAAAGGGAUGAAAUGGGGUGUGAGACAAAGGACGGAAGGGAAGAUGGGAAGCCAAGUGAAAUGUACAAGGAGUGACAGUGAAAGAAGAAGGGAAAAAGGGAGAUGAAGAAUGGGCGAGAAAGGAAACAAGGAAAACGGACGAGAUGAUGAGAACCCGAACCAGGAAAUCGCAAAAGGAAACGACAAAGUAGAACUGUCUACCGCGGAGGCACAUACAGGUACUUGUACAAUGUCAAGUAACUAUAGGAACCGACUUUCUUACUGGGUACUCACUGGGAUCAUUCCGAGGGCACGUACGUGGAAAUAUAGGCACGGCGAAAUCAAAAAUUCUUUUACCAUCUCCAAUUUCGACAUCAGAAAUAUCAUCCUCGUCUUUGCGCGAAAAGUUUGUCCGGCCUUGCCGGCCCAACCGACUGAUAUUUUCGAUAGACUUAAACAAGAAACCGACAUCUGCCUGACAAUCUCGAAUGCACAGCGGGCCAAAAGAUUGGAACUGCAACACUUUACGCCCUUCUCAAUGAUGUUGGGCAAAGUUUCCUCAGGCCUCUCAACGUCGAUCUGUGAGAGAAGGACGGCUUGGGUUGGAUACCAGGGUCGUAGCCCUGGUCCCAUGACGUCCUACAUUUUCUUUUAUUAGGAGCGUUGUAUAAGUAGGGGAAGUGACUAUUAUGUCAGUAAUUUACCGCAAUAGGGAAAGAGGGCUUGUUCUACCCUCGUUCGGUAAAAGAAGAUCCAUGAGCAGCGCAACUAACAGCUAUGUAUGUACUUUGAAUCUACCAUGCGCUAGUAGGCAUCUACCCCAAUGGGACGGUAGUUACUGUCACAAGCUUUGGAUCGUAUCUCAAUGCUAUAACUAUAGGAUAGCUAAGGCAGUUGGGUCGGAGCUUCGUUGGGGGAACCUAUAAACAUUCAUUCCCUCUACACCACGUCCUCCUACUCUGUUGUAGCACUCUCUUCCAUCAUUGGUACCUAUAGGCUCUUUUCGAAGACCGCCUUGUGAAGCGUCCUGAUUUUUUGAUGCAUUUUGUGGAUCAAAGGCUUGCCCGGGAGGAACUUGGUUGGCAUCACCGGGUAAAGAUGAGGAUUGGCCGACGGGGAGAGAGCGUCGAGGGAUCGAGAUGUCACCAGGGACGAAAUCAUCGAAAGGGGCUAUGAAUGGAGAGGCAGGGGCACCGACAUCGUGUACUGCACCAAAAGAUGAGGAUAUUAGUUGACUGACGACCUCCUCGGAGAACUCCAAGUUGAUGCGGUGAUUGAGCCA